AUGGCCAUAUCUGGCAGCAUGGAUCAGCUUUCAUGGUUAUUUAUUGACCUUCAAAAUGUGAUCACAAACCUACCAAUGACUAUGCCAGAAGGAACAGAAGAUGGCCCUCUCGCUAUGCAUCUUUGUGAUUUUAAAGUUGAUGAGGAAGAGGGGCCAUUUUACUCUUUCAAUCGCUCAUGGGAACAAUUUCCUGGGAUUGAAGCAAACAAUGGCCUGACUCUCAUACAAGCUUGGGUGGAAGCAUUGUCAAGUCUAAUCUAUAAAGUUUGUCCUAUCAGGGUUUCAACACUUCAGAAGACUGCUAUUAUAGCUGCCAGCAGUGUGCAAACCCAAUUAGCAAAAGGCCCAGUCCAAAACAAAGAUUAUGAGACCUUGACAAGAAGACACUGA